GGUGGAACUCUGCUCGUUGAAUGAUGCCUCCGAUGGCAACAGAAGAUCUUCGGCCCUGUCGGGAAUGAGUGAAGGAGAAGCAUUUGGAAUGCAUAGUCAGAUCUGCGAUGAGUGACACGUUAUAUAGAUUCCAGCUCUACUUAUGAAACUCACCUCUCUGCUCCAAUGCGGGUGCGUCGCGAUGUGGCCGGAGGAUGCGCCGGAGACGACGCCGGUGUCCCCUCUUGGGAACGUUGCCACCGCGGCGCCCCGUGGCCGUCGCCGCGGCGUGAGACGCAGCUUCAAGACCUGGAGGCCGUCGCUCUCAGCGAUCUCUGAGCGCGGAUCUACGACGGCGGUGGCGGCGGGGGCGGUCGAUGGAAAAAGGGGUAGUGAUGAGUCGGGCAAGGCGAAGGCUACCGUGUGUCGUCGAGUUCUUCCUCGUUCUCACAGCGAUGAUAACCGGUACAAGGAUGUUUCUUCAGUCAUUUCAGCAAUUAGUCCCACUGCAUAUUUGUUCUAGUGCCUAAAUCAAUCUACAUUUGGGAUCAUAAAGAACAUGUGAUGAAGCAUUAUUGUCUUCUGGGAAGUCAGAUGUAUGUACAAUUUUUUUUUCAUAUUCUUAUCGAUACAAAUUUCGUGCGCA